GGCAAGGGAAAGCGGAAACGUAAAUAGUUGAGUUUCGAAAAUGUUUAAAGUACAGCUUUAUUGUUUUAUUUUAGGCAUGAUAAUGAUAAAAAAGUCUUCUAAGGUCCUCGUUGCGUAAUUGACUGAGUACCUUGAUACUCUGGUUGGUACCUUGAUAAGUUGAUACUCUUACCGUCUAUACAAGAAUGUACCAUUAUCCUCUACCCUCUUCAAUUCUAUUUCACUUUGCCAUUCUCCCAUCCUACUAUUCUCUGCUAUACUAUUCUCUCCAUGGAAUACCCCGACAUCCACUCGGUGGUGAUCAUCGGCGCCGGCCCCUGCGGGCUGGCCGUUGCAGCACGACUGCGCGAGGAAACCCCCUCGGCUCUCUUCACCGACGAAGAACACCAACGAUACCACUGGAUACGACGACACACAGGGCGCAUGAACAUCCGGAACAGGAACAAAGCAUCCUACUCUGUUCGAACGGACUCGGGAGCCGCGAGGAGUAAAGGCACAGGUACAGGCACGCUCGUGCUCGACAGUACGGGGACCAGCUGGAUGCAGAGGUGGAAGACGGCGUUUGCCACGCUGGAAAUCGCCCAGCUGCGCAGCCCGAUGUUCUUCCACAUUGACCCGGCAGAUCGGGAUGGCAUGCUGGCUUAUACGAGGGAGACGGGGCGAGAAGAAGAUCUGUGGGAGAUCCGGGGAUGUGUAGGUCGGGAACUGAGCAAGCAUCGAAGAAAGAAACGAGAUCAUAGAUCCGGCGAUAUCGACGAAAGAGAUCGGAAAGAUUACUAUUCUCCCUCGACAUCCCUGUUCGACGCAUACUGCUCCUCCAUCGUGAGGCGAUACUCUCUCGACUCGCCCGGGCAGAUCCUCCACGCCGAAGUCAGCGAUAUAACCUACAGCCUCCACCCGGAGCUGGACGAAGAGAAGGAGCUGUUCUGCAUCACCGGCUCGACGGGGGAAACGUUCUAUGCCCGCUCUGUCGUCCUGGCUGUCGGCGCGGGGACCGGCGGCGCAAAGAUAUUCCCCUUUCCUCUUUCCGAACAGGAGAGGAAAGCAGCCUGCCACAGUCUGGAGAUCACCUCGUUCCCCCCGGCGGGACUCAGGGGCAAGAUCUCUCGGCGGGAGGAGACAACCAUCCUUGUUGUCGGGGGUGGGUUGUCUUCUGCGCAGAUCGUGGAUAUGGCCAUCAAAAAGGGAGUGAGUAGAGUACAUUUACUCAUCAGAGGAGACUUGAAGGUGAAGCAUUUCGAUAUAGGCUUGACGUGGAUGGGCAAAUUCAAAAACUUCGAAAAAGCAGCCUUCUGGUCAGCAGACAGCGACGAAGAACGCCUCGAGAUGUUCCACACAGCCCGGGACGGAGGCAGCAUCAACCCUCGCUACGUGAAGAUCCUCAAACAGUACGUCGCAAGUGGCAAACUGGUCAUCCACACGCAUACAGCCAUCGCCGACCACCGCUUCUGUCCCGUCACAAACACAUGGGAGAUCACGACGAACCCGCCCACGACGCCCGCCUUACCACCGGCGAUCGAUUACAUCUACUUUGCGACGGGCGUUCGAUCGGACAUCACUGCUCUCCCUUUCCUGCAGAGCAUGCUUGAAUCGUACCCGAUCCCUACGUGCGGGGGGUUCCCCUGUCUGACGGACGAUCUCAUGUGGAGGGAGGACGUUCCCCUCUUCGUGACGGGGCGAUUUGCUGCUCUCCGGCUGGGCCCCGGGGGUCCCAAUCUCGAGGGUGCAAGACUAGGCGCGGAGCGGAUUGCGUGGAAGAUGCAGGAUAUCCGGGGGGAUACUAGUGACCAGGAGGCUGAUGAUUCGUUUCGUGGAUAUUCGGACUGUUUUUGUGGAUUGGGGAAUCGGUAUGCUGGGUUGGCAUGAGGAUAACAAGAUUAAUAAUAUCCAUUAGAAUGAUCGGUCUA